GGUUGGCUACUUGGCGUAUAUAAAUUGUAAGUCAAAAUCGUACUUCGACAGUUCAAUUCGAGAAACGUGUCUGACAACGUUUAACGACAGGCGACAAGAUGAAAUUCGUUUUCGCACUUUUGGUGAUCGUGGCUGCGGCCAGCCCUCUCACCGCUUACAGGAUACCAUCCGCGGGUAGUGGUGCACUCGCCAAGGAUCUUCAAGAUCUUCUCGACAUAAUCCCGCUGGACAAGGUGAUCAAAAUCACGAGAGAAUACCUGUUGGUGGACGUGCAACUGAAAACUCUUGUAAAACUGGCGCAAUCCGCCGAAUCAAGGGCAUUGAUUAGGGACGUAGAGGCUAGGCCAGAGUUAAAGGAACUUCUGGACUUCGUGCAGGAAAAGGGUGUCGACAUCUACUAUCUGGUGGGCAAGGUGAACGAAGCCGUGGGCCUGGCACCUUUGGUGCCUAGUUCUUUGUCGGAGCAGGAGAUCAGCGGUGGAAUCGCGGGCUACAUUAGCGACGUUCUUGCUGUCAUACCAGUUAACGAGUUGGUAGAACUGUUUUAUGAUAAACUCGACAACUCGCAAGUGUUCAAGGAAACCUGGGCCGAGUUGACCAGUCCACGAUAUCUGGAACUGUACAACUCCGUAGCGAGGAACACGCAUUUUCACAAAUUGACAAACAUAGCAAAGAAGGCUGGUGUGAAUGAAGACGAUUACAAAACUUAUUACCCGCUCUCCCUUGCUAUCGCUGCCGCUUUACGCGCACUCUACAUACCAUCAACGGGUUGCGGUGCGCUCGCCAAGGAUCUUCAAGAUCUUCUCGACCUAAUCCCGUUGGACAAGGUGAUCGACAUCACGCGAGCAUACCUGGCGCGGGACUUGCAACUGCAAUCUCUUGUAAUGCUGGCAUUGUCCCCCGAAUCGAAGGCAUUGGUGAGAGACGUAGAGGCUAGGCCAGAGUUAAAGGAACUUCUGGACUUCGUGCAGGAAAAGGGUCUCGACAUCUACUAUUUGGUGGGCAAGGUGAACGAAGCCGUGGGCCUGGCACCUUUGGUGCCUAGUUCUUUGUCGGAGCAGGAGAUCAGCGGUGGAAUCGCGGGCUACAUUAGCGACGUUCUUGCUGUCAUACCAGUUAACGAGUUGGUAGAACUGUUUUAUGAUAAACUCGACAACUCGCAAGUGUUCAAGGAAACCUGGGCCGAGUUGACCAGUCCACGAAACCUGAACCUGUACAACUUCGUAGUGAGGAACGCGCAUUUUCACAAACUGGCGAAGAUAUCUCAGGCGCUUGGAGUGAAUGAAGACGAGUACAGGCUUUAUUACCCGCCGACCCUUGUUAUCGCUGCCGCUCUACACACACUCUGCGUGGGCAGGAUACCAUCCGCGGGUAGUGGUGCACUCGCCAAGGAUCUUCAAGAUCUUCUCGACAUAAUCCCGCUGGACAAGGUGAUCAAAAUCACGAGAGAAUACCUGUUGGUGGACGUGCAACUGAAAACUCUUGUAAAACUGGCGCAAUCCGCCGAAUCAAGGGCAUUGAUUAGGGACGUAGAGGCUAGGCCAGAGUUAAAGGAACUUCUGGACUUCGUGCAGGAAAAGGGUGUCGACAUCUACUAUCUGGUGGGCAAGGUGAACGAAGCCGUGGGCCUGGCACCUUUGGUGCCUAGUUCUUUGUCGGAGCAGGAGAUCAUCGGUGGAUUCGAGGGCUACGUGCUCGAAGUUCUUAUGGUCUUACCAGUUAGCGAGUUGGAAGAACUGUUUCAUGAUAAACUCAACAACUCGCAAGUGUUCAAGGAAACCUGGGCCGAGUUGACCAGUCCACGAUAUCUGGAACUGUACAACUCCGUAGCGAGGAACACGCAUUUUCACAAAUUGACAAACAUAGCAAAGAAGGCUGGUGUGAAUGAAGACGAUUACAAAACUUAUUACCCGCUCUCCCUUGCUAUCGCUGCCGCUUUACGCGCACGUUUAACGACAGGCAGCAAGAUGAAAUUCGUUUUCGCACUUUUGGUGAUCGUGGCUGCGGCCAGCCCUCUCACCGCUUACAGGAUACCAUCCGCGGGUAGUGGUGCACUCGCCAAGGAUCUUCAAGAUCUUCUCGACCUAAUCCCGUUGGACAAGGUGAUCGACAUCACGCGAGCAUACCUGGCGCGGGACUUGCAACUGCAAUCUCUUGUAAUGCUGGCAUUGUCCCCCGAAUCGAAGGCAUUGGUGAGAGACGUAGAGGCUAGGCCAGAGUUAAAGGAACUUCUGGACUUCGUGCAGGAAAAGGGUGUCGACAUCUACUAUCUGGUGGGCAAGGUGAACGAAGCCGUGGGCCUGGCACCUUUGGUGCCUAGUUCUUUGUCGGAGCAGGAGAUCAGCGGUGGAAUCGCGGGCUACAUUAGCGACGUUCUUGCUGUCAUACCAGUUAACGAGUUGGUAGAACUGUUUUAUGAUAAACUCGACAACUCGCAAGUGUUCAAGGAAACCUGGGCCGAGUUGACCAGUCCACGAUAUCUGGAACUGUACAACUCCGUAGCGAGGAACACGCAUUUUCACAAAUUGACAAACAUAGCAAAGAAGGCUGGUGUGAAUGAAGACGAUUACAAAACUUAUUACCCGCUCUCCCUUGCUAUCGCUGCCGCUUUACGCGCACUCUACUAAAUUGAACGUUACUUCGAUAUACUAUUUAGUUAACAUGUCUUCUUUUCAUUUUCAAAUAAAGUGCAUUUAAUUGAUUA